CACUUUUGACCCUUCUUCCCUUAUUAAUAUCACAGUCUUGUUUCUUCUUCCAAAUUUAGCAACACUCUCAUCUCCAGCGAAUUUUGCUUCUCUCCAAAAAAAAAUUAAAAGAAAAUCAAUCUCAUGAAAUGAAGAGCUAGGAAUGCUACUUGGAGAAAAUGAUCACUCUCCGGAAGUUGAACUUGGGGAUAACAGCCUGCCCUUAUUCUUUGAUUCGGUUGUUUUCUGUCAAUGGUGAUUAUAUUGUUUUCAGAUGCACAAUUCAGUCUGUUUGGAGUAGUGAGAUUGUCAAUCGGUCAAUUGGCUUCUUUGGGGGCAACAUAGAGAUUAAAAGUGGAGUCAACCGCAGUGCAUUUACUCAGACUGCUCCGUUUUCUACCAUUGCUGAUACAAUCCUUGUCCGGGCUCAAGACCUUGGUAAAAUAUCUGAGGAGUUAGAAAAUAUGAUCGAUGAAGAAAAACUUGACGAUGCAUGGGCUUUGUAUGAGCGGCACAUUCAAAUGGCAGGGUUUCCUAGAAAAUCAAUUGUUAAUAAACUUGUAGCAGCUUUUGCUGAAAGCUCAGAGCUUGGACGGCUGGAGAGCGCUUAUAGCUUGGUUGAACAAGCAUUUGAGGAGAACAAACAUGACUUGCUUGAGAGGAAUACUCUUAUCUAUCUCUCUUUAGCUUUUGCAAAAUGUGGAUUACCUAUUCCCGCAUCUACUCUUAUAAGGAAGCUUGUGGAAAAAGAAAACUACCCACCUGUGAGUGCUUGGUCUGCAAUUCUUGCUUAUAUGUCACAAACCUCUACUGGAGCAUACCUUGCCGUUGAAUUGGUUCUUGAAAUAGGUUACUUAUUUCAGGAUGGAAGAGUCGAUCCGCGUAAAAAGUGCAACGAACCUCUGCUUUCCAUGAAGCCUAAUGCUACCUGUUUUAACAUUGCUUUAGCUGGAUGUCUUCUGUUUGGAACUACUAGAAAAGCAGAGCAGCUCCUUGACAUGAUGCCUCGAAUUAACUUGAAAGCUGAUGCUACCUUACUAAUCAUAAUGGCUCAUAUUUAUGAGAAGAAUGGACGCAGGGAGGAGCUCAGGAAGCUUAAGAGAGACAUGGAAGAGGCCCCUAAUGUGACCGAGAUGCAGUUUCGUCAGUUCUAUAAUUGUUUGCUUUCAUGUUAUCUGAAAUUUGGAGAUCUUGCAUCUACAUCACACAUGGUCCUAGAAAUGCUUCGCAAGGCAGAGAAAGCUAAAAAUUCUCUUGGUGUAGCUAGUUUGUUACUAGACGCUUCUAGAAGUGAUACAUCAUGUUUAAAUAUUCCCUCUGAGGAUGCACAUCAUCGAAAACCAGAUGAAUCGAAAAACUUAGUAUCAUUUGAUGAUCUCUGUAGAGACAGAAAGUUUUCAAAGAUGCAGACCAUUGCUAAAGACUUACUUGAUGUCUUGGUAAUUAAGUUGCAGAAGCAAAUUGAAUUUAUUACAACUGAACGUGGUAUUCUCCAGCCUACUGAGAAAUUGUACGUUAAAUUGGUAAAGGCUUUCUUAGAAGCCGGGAGAACAAAAGAUCUUGCGGAAUUUCUAAUUAAGGCAGAGAAAGAGGAUUCUCCAGUUUCAGUUGAUGAUUCUGCCUUGGUUCAUGUGAUAAACUCUUGUAUUUCACUCGGAUGGUUAGAUGAGGCACAUGACCUUCUUGAUGAAAUGCGCUUGGCUGGGGUUAGAACUGGUUCUUCUGUUUAUACAUCUCUUUUGAAAGCGUACUGUAAAGAGAACCGAGCGGGGGAAGUUGCAUCACUACUUAGAGAUGCUCGUAAAGCUGGGGUUCAGAUAGAUGCAAGCUGUUAUGAAGUAUUGAUCCAGUCCAGGGUGAUACAGAAGGACUCUCAAGGGGCCCUUGACCUGUUCAAGGAGAUGAAAGAGGCUAAGAUACCAAGAGCUGGUCAUCAAGAAUUUGAGAAAUUGGUGAAAGGGCCUGCAGAAGGAGAUGAAGCUAGUUUAAUGGUGACGCUUUUGCAUGAAAUCAAGGAAGGGCAAAAGGUAGAUUAUGGAGUUCAUGAUUGGAAUAAUGUAAUUCACUUUUUCUGCAAAAAGAGGUUGAUGCAAGAUGCCGAAAAGGCUUAUAAGAAGAUGAGGAGUUUGGGACAUGGUCCAAAUGCACAGACUUUUCAUUCUCUGGUCACAGGUUAUGCCGCCAUUGGUGGAAAAUAUGUCGAGGUGACGGAACUAUGGGGUGAAAUGAAGUCUAUUGCUUUUGCUAGUGGAAUGAAGUUUGAUCAGGAACUAUUAGAUGCUGUGCUUUAUACAUUUGUUAGAGGAGGUUUUUUUGUUCGAGCAAAUGAAGUUGUGGAGAUGAUGGAGAAAGGUAAAAUGUUUAUUGACAAGUACAAGUAUCGUACCCUUUUCUUAAAAUACCACAAAACACUCUACAAGGGAAAGGCUUCAAAAUUCCAGUCAGAAACACAGAUGAAAAAGAGAGAGGCAGCAUUGAACUUUAAGAGAUGGGCUGGGUUAUGCUGAAGAGUCAUUGUCUAUAGCCUCAAGGAUAUGACCCUUCAAUAUUAAAAUUUUUUGCUACGAUAAUUACUAAAUGGGUUGACAGCGAAAUGGAUGGAUCUCCAUGUUGAUCCAAACAUUCCCCACCCAUCAGUUGAUGCUAGCAGAUCAAGACAUCUCUGUGGAUUUCGUUUUUAUUAUUCAUUUCUGAUCAUUCAGUCCUUAUCAUCAUGAAUGCCUUGGAAAAUAAGUGUUACUGGGGAGAUGCAUCAUGAUUUCUCUAUGUUUGCUUUUAAGGAAAACGUAUAAAUGAUGCUUGAUUUUGAAGGUCAGCUUCCAUUAUGAGUCUAGUCAUGCCUGAAGAUCAUCUGUUUAUUUUGUGCUCUGGAAUGAUUUUGACCCGAGGUUCAGAGUGAAGCAUUUAUUUUAUUAAUCUUCUAUUGAUUGGCUUAACGCCUUAG